AUGACUAGACCUGAUAUUUCAUUUAGUGUGCAAACAUUAAGUCAGUUCUUACAACAACCUAAAAAAUCCCACAUGGAUAUUGCACUACGAGUAGUCAAGUACAUCAAGAAACAAACAGGCCAGGGUGUGUUGUUAUCCAGCAGUUCAGGCACUGAAAUCACAGCCUACUGUGAUGCAGAUUGGGCAGCAUGUCCUACUACAAGGAGGUCUGUGACUGGAUUUGUGAUCAAGCUAGGAGAGUCUAUGGUGUCUUGGAAGGCUAAGAAGCAAACAACAACAUCAAGGAGUUCAGCUGAAGCUGAGUACAGAAGUUUGGCAUCUACUGUAGCUGAGUUAGUAUAG